GCGCCCCCUUCAGGCUCGCUCGCGCCCGCCCUUCCCUCACUACCUCACACGGACGACAACAACGCCUCGGGAGCGAGCCGGGGACAAGUUUGUGCCUCUCAUAGCAGCAGCGGCGGCGGCGGCGGCGAAAGGACGAAAGCAGCUUCGUAGCGGACAGCCAUUGCUCCGCCCGCCCGGUCUUUCUCCUCCUCCUCCUCCGGAUCCUGCUCGCGCGGGGGAGCUUCACAGACCUUGAAAAUGUCUUCUGUCAAACACCUUGUAUACGCUGUCAUCCAUUUCUUGCGAGAACAGAGUCAGAUGGAUGCAUUCACAUCAGAUGAACAAGAAAGCUUGGAAGUGGCAAUUCAGUGUUUGGAGACAGUCUUUAAAAUUAAUUUGGAGGAUUCCCAUCUUGCAGUACCUAUACGUUUGACAGAAAUGUUUGAAGAUUCUUGUCACAAGAAUGAGAUACUGCCUCUCUCAGAUUCUUUGCCAGAGGAUCUUGAGAAAGCUGACCAGCUGAAGGAUGAAGGUAAUAAUCACAUGAAGGAAGAAAAUUAUGGUGCUGCGGUGGAUUGUUACACUCAGGCUAUAGAAUUGGAUCCAAAUAAUGCAGUCUAUUAUUGCAACAGAGCUGCUGCUCAAAGUAAGUUGAGUAACCAUAAUGAAGCAAUAACGGACUGUGAAAGAGCUAUAGCAAUAGAUCCAAAAUACAGCAAAGCAUAUGGAAGAAUGGGAUUGGCUCUGACUUCAAUGAACAAAUACCAAGAAGCAAUUAAUAGCUAUCGAAAAGCCCUGGACCUUGAUCCAGAAAAUGACUCCUAUAAGUCGAAUCUGAAAAUAGCUGAGCAGAAGUUAAGAGACAUGUCCAGUCCUACUGGAACUGGGUUAAGUUUUGACAUGGCAAGCUUGAUAAACAAUCCUGCCUUCAUUAGCAUGGCAGCGAGUUUAAUGCAGAAUCCUCAAGUUCAGCAACUGAUGUCGGGAAUGAUGACAAAUGCUAUAGGGGGCCCUGCGGCAGGUGUUGGUGGCCUCACUGACCUGUCAAGUCUCAUACAUGCAGGGCAGCAGUUUGCACAACAGAUACAGCAGCAAAACCCGGAACUCAUAGAGCAGCUGCGGAACCACGUUCGAAGCAGAUCUUUCAGUGGCAGCACCGAAGAGCAUUCCUGAUUAAAAGCAGCAUGUGAUAGAACACUGUUUUACUAAUUCCAAAAGGCAUACUGUAGCUAGUAGCAAAUAUCACCAUUGUAAUUCUUCUCAGACAUGAGACCGGAAAUCCUUUGUGUGUAUUCCUUAUUGUCUGUUGAAAACAGAUUCAUUGCACACAGAUGUGAACAUAUCAUGUAUGUAUAUUGAUGCCUUUGUAAAUGGACUAUAAAUAAAACUGGUGACUGAUUAAAAUCUUUACAUAUAAGGCAGCAUUUUCGUAUCAAUGCACAAAAGCAUGCAAUUUUUCGUUCUCUUUUAAGAGAGUGGAUUUUUUGCACUAGGAUUGUGCAUUGAAAGAGAUCACCCACUUGUGAUGACAUAAUAUUACUUGUGGAGUAAUAAUGCUUGAUAGGCUAGUCAGUCCUACCGGUAUGUAAAAUCUGUAUUCAAAAUAUAUUAAAUAAGGCAGCCUUUCCUCAAAACUGAAGGGUUGCCACUGCCCCAGGGACAAGGCUGUGGCAAGCAAAAACAAUUUUGCAUGACUAAUGUUGCAUUUCUUACUUUAUAAGCUUAUAAAGUGAAGACUGCUUUUUCACAUUGUGGGUCAUUACUGGGAUUUUUGAAAGGAAGGAGAGCAAUAGGUCUGAUUGUUGGAGUUGCUUCAGGCUAAGAUGAUGUGGUGGGAGAUGGAAAAAGGGUGAGUAAACCCUAAGCUGGGGGAGAAAUAAAUGGGUCUGUCUUGUAGGAGUUGGACCAGAAAGAUUUAAGCUGUGCAGAAUUUACGGGUCUAUGCGUAGGUACAGGCAAAGAGGUACAGCAUGUAGGCUGACAAGCAGGGAGUACCUACUAAGUUUUCAAAGGGAGCGCUACUGCAAAAUAAUUGGAAACAUUUCUUAUAGGGCAGAUUGGGAUAGAUGUAAAAGGGGACGUUGGCUUCCUUCUUUCCUAUACUUGUCUUAAUAGACAGGACUUGCACAGCAGCAGUUCUGUGUUGCGAUGAAUGUAUUGAGAGGAGCAAGGAAAAGGAAAUUGUGAAAGCCAUAUUUAAGACUUGUGAUUGAGCAAUAUGUGAUUCUCAGUUUCCUUAUCAGUUUGUAAUGGAUGGAUAGUGGGGAGAAUUUUAGAAGCCCUAGCCAGAAAAGGUGCACCAAGGGGUGUUGAGAAAAAGCAGUGUAGAAUCCAGAACAAAAGAUGGGGAUGAAAGUUUUCCCAGUAACAUGCAGAAAUAGUCUCUCUGGCGUACACAGAACCCAAGAUUUUAAUCUGGCAAUAGCUCUGAAAACUUUGAUGGAAUGACACCAUGUUUUCUAUAAAGAGAUGAGUUAUAUGCUCAUAGUAUUUAUUCAAUGUAGUUGUCAUGUGCCUGUUUACGUAAUAUGUGGUUUAUGUAACCACACAUUGGUUGCACAUUAGAAACUGUCUUAAGGGAAAUCUGACAGCAGAAAGUUAAUACAGUAUGUAUAUUGUAGAUUAUCUGAUGUCAGCUUUUUGUAUCCCUUUUUAGUUCUGCCUUUGUUCUGAAUUUUUAUUUGUUGCUGUUGUCUUUAUGCCUCUUCCUUCCUGUACACACCUCCUGUCACUAUUUUUUAUACUGUAAUUCCAACCAAACAUACUUAUGCAUUUCUGCAGAACCAAUUUAGAAAGUCUGUAAGAGGAGAGACUUUCAGGUUAACAAUAUAUUGCCACAUUCAGGAAAUAGUUCAUUGGCGGAUAUUCGGAAUGCUGAGCGGGUGGGAGAGCACCAAGAGUCUGUUGCAGUGCUGUUAACAUUUGUAUUUUUCCUCAGCUACUCGCUCUACAAAGCAGCAGCUUUUUACCUUUGUUUUUCAAUAUACUUGGUCCCCAUUGACCUGUCCUUUUCCGAGUUCUCAAGUACCUUGGGUGUCUGGUUUUUGGCAUUAGGACAGUGCUUCAAGCAUAUUUUAAUUCAGAAGUAGGAGUCGCUGCUGAGCAAUUAGAAUACUGAAAAUAUGGAAUAUAAAGCUUGCAGUACAAAGGUACAAUGCAAACUACUCAUUAAAUUGCUUUUGAGUAAUUAACAUUUAAAUUAAUUAGAAAUGGCAAUAGCUAUACACUGGUGUCCUGAACUCACUGGGUAGAAAUAGUCCAGUGCUGAUUUAACCAGUCAUGGUAGUGUUUUCAAAUACUAUCAUCAGAGAUACCACCCCAUAUUUAAGUUGCUGAUUAGCACCCGUUCAGAUGUUCAGUGAACUGGCUAGAUAAGAUGUGUUUGAAACAGCAGAAAGUGUUGCAUUUAUGGCAAACCACUAGCCUUUUCACACUGUUAGAUCAGGCAGACUGUUUUCCAAAUAAAAAUGCACAUUCCAGAUAACAGUUUAGGUAGCAGCUAUUCACACUUGAAUCAGUUCUUCAGUUUUCCAUAGAUGAUUCAUGGAUCAGUCUUGUGUUGUUUGGAAUAAGUUUAAUAAAAAGAACACUUAAAAUAAAGAAUAGUUUGCUGUUUUCUAACAUUGUCUGUAUAGUUUUUACUUCUCAUUUCAUGAAGAAAUUGACUUUAUUGUACAAAUUGGUUUUAAACUAGGACUGUUUCUAUGGGUUUCUGUCUGCUAAGAAAACUAGUUUUCCCUAUCUGCAGCAUUAAGGAAGAAACAGCCUUGCAGCUGAAUCCUGCCCCUAUAGUUGUUUCCUUUUAAGUGUGUUAAGGACUAAUUUAAUACAAUAAAUCCUCACUGUGUAUCAUUCAAAGACUAUGUUGGCAUUCUGGUCAGUUAGCCAUAUGGAAUGCAAACUAAAAUAUUCCUUCACUGCUAGCAGUGAUACUUGUGGGAGACAAUAUGGAGGGAUAUGCCAGCAAUUGCCACUGCAGUGUCUUGCUAGAUGCUUGGGUUGCUGGUCUGGUUUUUACUGAGAAUUCAAAACAGGAGAAACUCCUGACUAAUUGACUUGUGCAUUUCCUUUUGCACUCAUAGUCUUUAUGGACCCAGAGUCUGGUCGCAGCAAUGUAAAAAUACAAUAUUAAAAUCAGUUAAAACUAUUUACAAUCCAAAGAAUUGGGCAGCUGUCAAAGGCCGGGUAAAGAGGUACCUUUUCAGCAUGUGAUGAACACUAUAAAAUGAAGGUAUCAGCCGUACCCUUUCCAAUUUCUGUCUGAACCCGAGCUAUUUGAUCCCUACAGUGCUUUGCAAAGUAGUUGCAGCAGCCUUCAAACUGUACACAGCCUCCAAAGUUCAAAGACAGCAUGCUGGGGAGCAACAAUUCCAGAGAAGUCUUGCCUUCAAGUGCCACUAGCACACUUUCCAGAGACAUCUGGUUGUUUACUGUGAAUAGAAUGCUGGAAUUAGAUCAGGGAUGGGGAGCAUGGGACCUGCCAUAUGUUGUUGGUCUUCAGCACCUAUCAGCCCAGCUAGCAUAGCUGUUGGUUGGUGAUGAUGGGAGUUGUAGUCCAGCAACAGGAUUCCCCAACCCUGGACCAGAUGGAUGUUCAGUUUGAAUGGCUCUUAUGGUCCAAAUGGCGCUUCACCGACUCUGUACUCAGAUCACCCUGGUUCCCCACACCUCUUUAUUACAUGGUGAAUUAAAUCCCUAAUAUAUGACCACCAAAAGCAUUUGUAAAAUAUGCUGUAUUUCUAGAUGUAGAGAAUCCUGUUUUAAUGUAGGGUGCGAGAUUGGGAAUUAGCCACUGUUUUUCCUAUGAACAUCAGCGUGCAUGAAACCCUUCCUCAAUACAGAUGUAAGAGUCAUUUAUCCAGAUACUACAUGCCAUGUUGCAAGUAUCAUUAAAUAAGUUAUACAGUAAUAAUUAGGGCAGCUGCAUAAUUGGACUAAGGGCUUUAUUUCCAAAUAGUUUAAAAUACAUAUGGUUGGCUCUUUACAAAUAAACUGUUUUUUAAAAACAUUCCAAAGAUGCCAGAUUGAAUUCCAAAGGGGCAGUUAAAUAAAGAAAUUCUUUUUUGGAUUGCAGAUGGUUGUACUAAAUUGCCAGAGGGUUGGCUCCAAAAACCAAAAAAGGAAAUAUUAAAACAAAAAAGGUUCACUUUCCGUUUUCUUUUAUUUUGGAAGAAACUACACAGACUUGUGCAAUAUCAUCAUACUCGUAUGUUCUCUUCAGAAAGGUGUCUGUUAAUCUCAAACCAGAGACAGUCUAAAAUGAAAGGGAGGAAAAAAGGAUUGACAAUGUGAAACGUAACAGGCUUCUGAACUGGUCGUAAGAGCCCUAUAACUUAACAGUAUAAUUUUAUAUAGGUUAUAAGGACCCCAUGCCGCCAUUCUUGGAAAGAUAUUCCAGGGCAAUUGGAUUUUUCAGUUUCCCCCCAUUAGUGGAGGUGGUGGUCUGCUCUUGAAAGGACAGGGAACAGAGGAAAGGAAAACACACCCCAGCCUUUUGCCCUACAGACACAAGCCCAACAGCUACUCCCUCCAACCCCAUAUAGGAUUGCAAUGCCCAAGUGGGAAAUCUUACUUGUAGUCCCUGCACAGAUGAAAGCAGCGUAAGUGUCAAGUGUAGAGAUGAAGUGGGGUGCAGUUUGCCCAGCUGCCUUCCUGACACCCCACACCAGUGAAUGGAAUUAGUGUUGCACAUUUCCAAAACCAGGUCCAUGGUUCUUUCACUGCUGGAUGGAAAAGAAUAAUUAAUUAACAUAGAUCUCAAUUUGUCUAAGGGCCAGUUCACACCAGUUUAUGUGUUUUUACUCAUUUCUCUCUUUUUGCUGCCUUCUUUCUAUGGUUAGAAAGAAAAGGUUUCAGGAUGAUGCAUACUGUAGUUAAAUCAUUUAAUGCUUCUAACAAACCUGUGGCUUAGUGAUUGCCCAACAGGAGCCAGCAUGAUAAUUAAAACAUGCAUUUCUUUUAAAUUCUGAUUAUUAAAAAUAAAAUGGUUUUUAAAAUAAAAUGGUUUAAAAAUGAAGUCCUUAUGUAAUACAAAUACACACAUCUUUUUCAGCACACUGGACCAACUAGGUCACUGCCUCUCUCUCCUCUCCAUCAAUAAAAACCACAAAUAUUUUUGGAAUUCUAAAAUCUACUUUGUCCACUGUAUCUCAGCAAGUGAGUGGCAGAAUUCCAUGUAUCUAGGAAUGUUCAUUUAAAAAACAAACCAUUUCCAUCACCUUAAAAAUAAUUAUAUAUUCCUGCAGUAAGGAAAACCUUGAAUGCAAACAGUAUUUUAAUACAACAUUGGGUGAAUUAUCUCUACAAAACUUACCCCUUUGACUGGAAACGGUAAGCAGUUCAAAGUACAAUUCUUAAAAAAUAGAGAUUGCCGAAGGGGAAGUAAUUUCAUUACCUGCAGUUUGUUAUUUUACAUGUAAUAUCAAAUGGUUCUUCCAGGUUUACAGUGUCCGGAAUUGUCUCCAACGAAACCCUGACAUCACCAUAGCCUGGAGCCUAAGAAAGCAUUAAAAGUUUAGCACGGUACACCCACACCGAAAGAGAGAGAGAGAGAGAGGGUGGGGUGGGAAGACGAGACAAGCAAUAGUACUAGAGUAUGAAUGGCCAUUGUGGUGCCUUUCAGAUGGAUUCCACUUUCUACCAUCCUCAGCUAUGGACUAUUGUGGCUAGGGCUGAUGGAAGUUAUAAUCCACAGCAACAUCUGGAAGGCACCACAAGUGAAUCGUAGGAUGACAUUCUCGAGAAGUAUAUGUAACAUUACAAAUUUCAUGCUUAUGCUGAUGUACUUGGAGUCCUCAUUUGGAUUUUUAUGAACAGGAGCAACCUCAAACAUCUUCAGAAGGGAAACAUAAAAACUGAGAUUUACAGUACGAUUCUGGAUACCAUUUAAGUAAGUUUUACCCCCUGAGAUUAAAGAACAUGAUGCAUUAAUUUCAAUAGGUCUACUCUUGAGUAAAGCUUCUACAGCCUUUUCUCCCUAAGAGUGCACAAGCCACUGCUUUCAAUAAGUGUUCUUAUUUAACCAUAUGUUGAUAUUUAAUUUAAACAGGUUUUAGACCACUUUUUAGGCAAAGUUGCUUGGCAAAGCAGUUUACAACCACAAACAAACAUUAAUCCACAACAUUCAGUAGUAAAACAAGUUAUGGAAGUCUCAUCUCAGGAACAUACAAGCCAGUGUAACAACAAAAUAAGCAAUCUCGUUCUCAAAGAGCAGCAUGAAACAGGGAGCUGCCUUGGAAUGAGUCAGGACAUUGGUCAAUCUAGUGCAGUAUCGUCAACACUGACUAAACGCAGAUUUCAGACGGGACGUUCACAGCUGUGCCUGGUGACGUCUGGGACCUUCUGCAUGCAAAACAGAUGCUCUAUCACUGAGCUAUGGUCAUUCCCCCAAAUAAUUAGCAUUGGCCCCAAAAGACCCUGAUGAAAAAAAUUGAUGUAAACAAGGCAUGUUUACAGCUAGUAAGGGAGGAAAUAUACCUGAUCUCACUUGGAAUCAAAUUCCAUAUUUGGGGUGGGGACUGCUGAAAAGAGUCUGUUCUACCGGUAUAUUCCAGCAAAAGAGUUGUAUAUAUAUUUCUGGUCUUAUAAAUUGUAAUAUUAAUGAGAACUUGAGAAGAUUCCCGAUGGAUCACAUCAAGGUCUAAUUACUCCAAUAUUGUUUUUACAAUGUCUAAAUUUUCCCUCCAAGCACCUGAUAUUCAGAGGUAAGCUGUAUCUGCACAGACUCUUUACUACUACCCUUCUGUCUUUAAAGAGAAUCUUCUGAAAAAUACUUACCAUUCGUUGGAGCUGACUCGUUUGCAACCUUCCCCUUUCGCCCAGGUUUGUCUUCCACACUAUAUCAAGCUUUCCAAUUACUGUCACACCUUUAAUAACGCCAGCUUUCUCUGCAAACUCUUGCUUUGGUUUAAGACAGUAAAGAUACUGUCGAGUAUCCAUGGGUUGCAGAUACGUUCUUGAACCAAAUGUUGACACACUGGAAGAGAAGGAGCAGGUUUACCUUAGCUUGUACCUCAAAAUCGGACUUUUCGGCAAAAAUCCAGUGAAUUCCGGGAUUGGAUAUCAGAUUCAUUUUUGGGUUGCCUUUUCAAUUAAGAAAGCAUUUUCAGUUAAGAAAGAAAGCAGCCUGCCUCCAGAAGUUUUAAAGAAAUCAGGCUUAGCAGAGAAAAAAAUUAAAAGACAAGCAAGAUGUUUUUGCAAAAGUUUGGAAGGGAGGAAUAUAGGAAUUGGGGGGUGGGGCUCAAACUGGCGCUAGACCAUCUGUUUUGCUAUGCUAUACUGGACUAUAUUUUACAGUAAUCUUUUGAUACAAAUGGUGGUGAUAGUUAAGAGAGUUCAUAGAAAAUGAAGUGAGGUAUAUGCCAAUGUUUGAAAUUAAAAGCAAAAGUAGCAAGGUCAUCAAGAUACCACAGUAAGCAGUAUGACACAAAAUUAUACAGUCAUACCUUGGUUCUCGAAUGGAAUCUGUUCCAGAACUCUGUUCAACUUCUGAAAACAUUCGAAAACCGAGGUGCGGCUUCCUGCAGGAGUUUCCUGCACUCAAUUGGAAGCCGCAGAAUCCGUGUCGGACAUUUGGCUUCCCCAAAAAGUUGCAAACCAGAACAUUUACUUCCGGGUUUGUGGCGUUCGAGAGCCAAGACGUUCGAGUCAUGAGGCGUUCAAGAACCAAGGUACAACUGUACUCUGGGCCAAUAAAACAAGGAACCACAUCAAAGAACGUCCAUUUGCAAGAACAGCUUCAUCAGCACACGUAUAGCUUGUUUUUGGUAUAUGAAGAUACAAGCACCAUGAUCCGUGACUGUAGCCAGUACAGUCUGAAGAAGCAAAUAAGGCCCUUACCUGUCCUCACCUUGGUUGACUGCAUUUAAUUCUGCUACGUUGUACAUAAUAGAAGGUUCCAGUGACACCUUCUCCAUGAACAUUGGAGAGGUUGUGAUAUUCUGAAUCUGAGCUUCCAAAAAUACUUCAUCUGUCUAAAAAAGCAGAGAAAAUGCCUAAAUGAAAAAAAUAAUCUCAACUGACAAAAAGCUCCAGCUUCUCAAGUGUUUGAAAAACAUUAAACCACAAACGCAGUUAGUUCAUGCCUGAAAAUCAAAAGUAACAAUCAUUAAAUGCGAGAAAAGUCUUUAUCCCAACAGAGAGCAGUAGAAGCAAAAAUGUUAGUCAACUGGAAUAGUGCUGAACAAUGGAUUUGGGAAAACUUUGUCAUAUUUUCCUAUUCUAAGGUAGUGUCUAUAUGGCCUGGACUUGCAAGCUGAGCUCCAACGGUCCACAUCAAUUCAGAUUUUCUUUUAAAAGGAAAGAGAAAUAACGCUUUAUAAAUGUAAAAUGAGUGCAAUGCACAACAGACACAUGCCAUGCCAGAUUAAUGAUGCACCAGGCUGCAUACAAAGAAAAUAUUGUUAAUAGGUUGUUGUUUUUUAAGUGUAUGAACUGUUACAGGGGCUUAGAGGCAUGCUACAAAAACUGUUCACAUUGACCUAAGAACUGCUCUAGUCUCUGCUAUAAACUUUCAUAAUGGCACAGAGCUUAAUAUUCUACUACCCCAACAACCUCAUUUCUGGUUCUAAGACACCUAGUGUCCUUCCCAUCUCAAGAAUUAAAGAACUUGAUGCAAUUAUCAAUUGCAUGUCGUUUAAAUGGGGACAUGGUACAAACGUGAUCUGUUUAAAUGUCUCUGCAAGAUCUCAGUCCUGCAAAGCAGUGUGACAUAUCUGGCAGUUCAAAGCUACAAUCUAAACCUGCUGACAAUCAAAGGGAUGCCUGCAGGGAAGGAACGAUGGGAGCCACUCGAUCAAAGGCUCCAACAUCAUAUCUGAUUACAGGCAUGUGGAGGCCUGUGUAAAACGGAAAAUCCCAUCAAGAAAAAGGGGCAUACUUUGUUUUUGUAACUGAAAACAGGAUAGCCCCAUACCUAUUUUCCACUGUUUAUCAAAAGUUGAGUUGGAACUGGAUGUUGACUAGUGGUGGCAAACUGUAAAACAAUUCCAGCCUCUCACAUUCCUUGUUCUUUGGAGGGCAAUCAAAAAGUAAUGGGUAGGUCAGACAUUAGCUUAGUUUUACAAGGUGGAGAAAGUCUCAGGCUCACAUACUCCUCCUUCUCCCCCCAGCAGCUAUCAUUUCUGUUUUUGGCAAACCUGGACAAACAGUAGUUGAUUAUAACUAUAGUUAGUGAAAGCAAGCCAUAAUUUGUGAAGCUAGCUCAUUUCAGGCCGCCGUAAGAUUAGCCACAGUUUAGAAUAUUGUCUGAUUCUUAAACAGUGGUUAAUCUAAAACAGAAAUACUCCCUUUCAGGCUCUUUGCUGGGAGAUCAGAAAACUUUUAGGUAAAUUACCUAUUAGACAAAAUUCCUGGAGUCUCUUUUGCAGCGUAAAAAUUCCUGUCAGUGGCUGAGAAGACCAGAAAGCAACAGGUGAAUAAAGGUUUGGUCUUUAUUGUCCUAGAAAUUGUCUUUCUGGAGUUAUCAUGUUAUGCUGAUGUCACCUAACACUAGAUAUGUACUAGAUAUGUACUUUUGGUUAAUUUUGGCCUAUUGACUGUAAGGUAGUGCAUGUUGUAAAAUAGAAGCAGCAGCUUCUGGUCUUCUCAGAUUAGAGGGAGGGGAGUAUUAUGUAUUCAAGCAGAACACCAAUGACAAAUAAAAUUCCGUUAUCUUGCUUUUAAUAAAAAAAAAAACCUUAAGUACUAUCAUGUCUUCUAGCACUAGGGAUUUAAUAUUUUUCUACUCUUCUGAAAGAAUAUCCCAUAAAUCCAUUGCUUACGGUACUUCUUGUGUUUUCCAAAUUUCCCAUCAGUCUCUUUUAAAACAGCAACCACCAGAAAUUUAGCAAGAGCCAAGUUGAGGGAAGAAAACAAUACCAAGCAGCAUAAUGAAAAAGCAAGGUAGCUUACAAUGAUGCAGGGGUUGAUUAGUCUCAAUAGCAUGAUUCGAUCAGAGCGCUUCACAUUUCCUGAAUUAUUGUAGCACACACAUUAAGAUUUGAACUUAAAUCACACUGCAAUUACACCGUUAGAAUCAUUGCCACGUGCAUUCAUAAAUUUGAAAAGAGUUUUAAUAAACAUAUAAAGAAAGAUGUGAACUAUCUUGUCUCUCUCCUCCCAUCCAGUGUCUUCACAAAAACAGCAGAUAACAGAGAUGUUGCCAUGAUUUAAUACGAAACAAGCCUACAUGCAAGGCUCUGUGUACUUUUAUACCACCAAACACAAGAAACACUAACAGGUAAAGACCACUAUACCAGGCAUUCCAAAUAGUGAAAAAUAUAUAAAUUACGUAAGGAAAUUUGCACAAUGCAUUGGAAGGAAAAUAGGCACUAGCAGAAUUUUGUGAAGUGUUAUACUAGUCAAUUAAAUGAUUUUUAAAAAAAUGCUUUUGAGGGCCAUACCCUCAAGAAUGGUCUUUCCCCAUAUAAACCUACUUGGGAUUCUUAAGAUAACCCAAGGUCCUUCUCUGUGUGCUCCCCUUUAAGAGAUGCUAAGAUGGUAGCAAUUAGAUAGCAGGUCUUUUCAAUGGCAGCCUCCUGCUUGGACAACACUCUCCCCUAGGAAGCUUGCAUUUGAUCUAGUAGGCUCUUCGCACAUCAUUGGAGGAGAGAAGAUAUUCUUGUUUACAACAGACAGUUGUGGAUGUACAUGGUUAGCAUGCAGUGUUGCCUGCUUAAUGGAUACAUUUGCCAUGUAUUUUAUUUUGCUUUGGUUAUAAGUAAACUUGAGACUUCCUUAGCUGUGGAAGUGAUGAACAAAUCUAAUACUGUACUAGGCUUGUGUAAGAGAUUUUAUAGCCAUUGAAAUUCAUUUCACUUGUUCACAUGACAUUCUAAUCUAGCCUGUACUGUAAAAGCCCUUCUGGGAAUGGAAAACACUUUCUGCAUGCAGAAGGAUAGACUGGCCUCCAACCCAAUACCUUCAAUUUAAUGCAAUUUCUUAUACAACUUUAAUUAUUAUUAUUAUUCUUUGCAUAACUCAUUCUAGCUUUGUGAAUCAUCAGACAGGCCCAGAACUAUGCCAGACCAUGACACCCCACUCUAGUCACUCAUGAUGAAUAACACUUUCAGUAUAAAAAACAACAGACCUCUGAAUAUGAGUUGCUGAGAUUCACGGCUGGGAAAGUACUGUUAUGCUCAUGUCCUACUUGGGGGCUUUUCAUUGGCACCUGGCUGGCCACUGUGAGAACAGAAUGCUGAACUUUAGUCUGGUCCAGCAGGGCUGUUCUUAUGCAAAUAAAAUAAAAUAAAUGUUUCAUAAGAUUUGCAGAAAACUGAAUUUUUGCCCAAUAAAACAUGUUGUGGUUCUAACAGAAACUGCAACAAAAUUAGCCCGGCCCAUGUGCUUUUGUAGCCUCAGCAGUAUGCCUCUAGGAAUAUCAUUGUUGCUCUGUGACAUCUGUUGACGUCAACAAUUAAUUUCCUAGUCAUAGUAGUUUACUGAAAUAUUUAUUUAGUACAGAAGUCUGAACUGCAAAAUACUGUUAAACAAUGGAUGCAAGGAGAGAGCGAGUAUGGGGGGAAAGGGGAGAAAAGGGAAACAAGCCAAUAUCUAUGUGUACAAACAUUGCUUUUCCAUUAUGUUUUCAAAAGGAUGUUAGUAACAGGCAGAAAGACAAACAGAAGACAAGCAUACAUAUUUAUAAAUAAUAAAUAAAAUUACCACAGAACUGAGGUCACUCUAAUGGGAAAAUAAAAAAGAAAACAUUAGAGAAAUUAGGGUUAAAUGUUAAAGAAAAAAAGGAGGACAACUAAGUUUCAAAUAAAAUGCAUCUUUCUGCAUUUUUUUGGUACUUUCUAAACAAGACAGCAUUAGUAAGAGAGAAAUGUAAACUGGCAAUAAAAAUAAAAGGCUCACUACUAAGAAAUCUUAUUUCUAAAUAAGACCAUGUCAGCAUAUGGUAUAAUGAAGAAAUAAAUUAUGUGAAAUGGCAAACACAGGCACAAUGAACACAUUGGUAAACCAGUACAUGCUCACAGAAGAAUCCAUUACUUGGCUGAAUAAUUCCAUAUUGGGGGGGGGGGGCGGACUGAGGACCCAUUAAUCUUACAAAUAUUCUCUUAAUGCACAAAGUCUUAAAUAUAGGAAGAAAACCUGUUCACUGAUGACUCUCGGGUUUUAAAUUGAGCCAGUCUGCAUAUUAACUGCAUGUAUUUAUAUGUCAUCCUAUAACAAAAGCUCCCAUUGUAAUUAACAAGCUGCAAGGAAAUUGAAAGCAUCAUUGGAAAAGGACAAGUGCUAAAUGCACCUCCCAAUGAAUUGCCUUUCUUCAAAAGCCUAAUUCGGUACCAUAACAACCUUUGCAUUUAUCAAUCCCCCCACCCCCUUUAUGCUAGGUAUCUUUAAAUAUUGUCUGGCCAACAACUCAGGGAAUUACCAAUCCCAUCCCUGGCACAAGUGCACUUGAAGAGCAUCUCCUGUCAGAGGCACUGUGCCUUUAAGACCCAAAGGUCUUUCUAUAAUUCAUCAAGUUGCACCUAUCUCAGGAUGGAGAUGCAGUGAUGGGGAAAUCUGCACCCGCUGCAUUACUGUCACACAGACCUGAUAAGCAAUUCUACUCUGGCAUAUCACCUAGUAUUAGUUUACUUAAUAUCAAUAAUGUCCGUUUUUAAAUAAGAUAGCUGCCUUUUUGACUAAAUUUGAACCACAAAUUAAUCCAGUUGAUAAUGAAACAAAUGUGUUUUUUUAAAUGGAUUGUAACUAAAUAUGCAGCCACAUUUUCCCCAAAUGGUGAUGGCAAUGACAAAUGGAUAGAUUAAAGUGAAAAGGGGAGCAAAGGUGUAGAUUUUUACUCACCUGUUUUCCUCACCCUCGGCCAGGAAAGAGGGCAAGAUCAUUAUAUUUGUCCAAAGCUGUAAUAGCUAGGCAGCCAUUUUCUAUAGCUGGCAUACAGAAAUUUAAUGCCAGAAUCAUAGAACUGUAGAGUUGGAAGGGAAACCAGGGGUCACCCAGUUCUACCCCCUGCAAUGCAGGAAUCUCAACUAAAGCAUCCCUGACAGAGGGCCAUCCAAGCUCUGCUUAAAAA